GAGAGACGCGUAAUGGACGCGGUUCCGUUGUUUUUGCCCGACAUUCAAGUCGUGCUCAAUGCGGCGCGUUUCCCGACGCUAGAAAAAUCAUUAUGGACCGAGACCCUCGUCUUCCCUGUCUACGCUGCUUUACUUUCCGCACUCGUCUUCUCCGUUCAAAGUCUUCUCCAAUGGCGAAACCAGCGCUCAAACACAAACACAACCCAGAAAAGCUGGAAGGAUGUGGCGAAAUAUGGGGGCGUAGCGAUACUCAGCUUCAAUAUGCUAAGGCUGUUGGCAUGCUUGACCCUCCUUGGGACGUCGGUUGCGUCGCUCUUCCUGUUGGGGGCCAAGGUCGAACAGUCCCGAGAUGGUUUUGCCGUUGGAAUAGGGCUCUGUGUCUUUUAUCUCUAUUCCUCGGUCCUUGCUGCAAUUGCCUUCGAUGUCUUCGAGAAACACGGCUCAAGAGCAGAAACCCAUCUGAACACGAUACUCGCUGUUGCGGUCGCAGUCUUUUUCUACCGCGAUAUCUUCCCAUUGGCUACCUUUACAUGGCCAGUGGAAGAUGCCGUGGAGGGUCCACUGUUGAAAAUUAAGCUAAUAGCGUUGUUCGUCGCAGGGGUUGCUUCACCGUUACUUACUCCCCAGCCUUAUAUUCCUAAUCCAAUGCCAACACCUAAUUCAGAGCAAACGGCAUCGCUCUUCUCGCUAUUAUCGUUCUCCUUCCUCGAUCCAGUGGUCCAUCUCGCUCACAAGCUUCCGCAUCUCCCAUACGACCAACUUCCGCCUCUCGCUGACGCUGACGAUGCGGCUUACCUGAAAAAGCGCGGAUUCAAGAACAUCGAUACGUUUUCCGGCGCUAACCCGCGUCGCCAUAUUUUCUUCGGAAUUCUGAGAACCUUCAGCAACGAAUUCUUCACGAUUGUAUUGAUGCUCCUCAUAUAUGUUGCCUGCUCUUUCGCGUCGCCUAUUGGUAUACAGCGCGUUCUGGCUUACCUCGAAGAUAGCACUGAAGAAACGGAAAUCAAACCAUUCGUCUGGAUUCUGUGGCUUGCGCUGGGCCCGCUAAUCGGCACAGUUGCUAUCCAAGUGUAUUAUCGUCUCUCCAUGCGAAUCCUGGUUCAAGUGGAAGGAAUGAUAACUGAACUCAUCUUCGAACAUGCACUACGUGUGCGAGUCAAGGCCGACACUGAAAGCUCCGAAACAAAGGACACGGCUUCUGAUGACGAAACUCUAAAUCCUGACUCUCAGUCUGAUGCAAGCAGCGAGACUGCCCAUGGUGCACCAAGCACUACCUCAAAAGAUCCAAAGUCUCCUUCGAACGCAGGGAGCAGCAGCGUCGAUGUUGGUAAAAUCAGCAAUUUGGUUACCACAGAUCUUCGGAAUGUUACCAAUAUGUCUGAUUUCCUUCAACUGCUAUUCUACAUGCCGGUCACCGUCGUGUUCUGUGUUGUGUUCCUAUACGCUGUCCUGGGCUGGAGUUCGUUCGUCGGAAUGGUGGCCAUGAUAAUACUGUUCCCCAUCUCGGGUUUCGCAGCAAAUAUCCUGCAGAAAAUUCAACGCGGUCGUAUCAAGGCUGCUGAUGCACGCAUAAAAACCAUCAGCGAAACUAUGGGGGUUAUGCGGAUGAUCAAGCUCUUUGGAUGGGAAGAGAAAAUGCUCGGACGCGUCAAUAGCAAACGUGAGGAAGAAUUAGUCUGGAUUUGGCGGCGGGAAAUCUUUGAAUGGGUGGCGAACACUGUCAACAACUGCAUCCCCAUAGUCACGAUGCUGGUCACCUAUGUCACCUUUGUUUGUCGCGUGCUUUUCUAUAUGAAUUGUCAUCUAAGCUCCCCCAAGACAGUGAUUAUGAAGCGUGAAUUACGUCCCUCCAUCGUGUUCAGCACUAUGCCCGUCUUCGACAUGCUUCGCAACCAACUACAUAUGGCCAACUACCGAAUCAUCCAGUUCAUCGAUGCCAAAGUCUCCAUCGACCGUAUCAAUGACUUCUUACACAACACUGAGCUUCUGGAUGCUUUUACGGAGAAAGACGAGACAGCCGACUUCUUGGCUGUCGAAUCUGCACAACCUACCGACAUCGGCUUCCGUGACGCGACAUUCACCUGGUCAAAUGAGGUUCAAGAUGGAACGGUCACACCCUCAAGGCAGAGGUUCACUCUCCGGAUCACGGAGGACCUUUUCUUCAAACGUGGAGGAAUAAACCUCGUUCUGGGCCCAACUGGCUCAGGCAAAACAUCGUCUGCUCUUCCACGUCUUAUCUUAUCUGCUGACUCAUAUGACGUCAGACUUUUGAUGGCAUUGUUGGGAGAAAUGCACUUUGUUCCUGUGUCUCCUCGUUCAUGGUUUAAUCUUCCACGUGUGCAUGGUGUCGCAUAUGCGGCGCAAGAGUCUUGGGUCCUUAACGAGACCAUCCGGGACAACAUCCUCUUUGGUGCUGAAUAUGAUGAAGAACGGUAUAAGAAGGUCCUUUUCCAAUGUGCUCUUGAGCGUGAUCUAGAACUGUUUGAUGCUGGUGACCGCAGCGAAGUAGGAGAGAAAGGCUUAACAUUGUCGGGUGGUCAAAAGGCUCGUUGCACGCUUGCACGGGCUAUUUACUCCAAAGCUGAGAUUAUUCUGCUCGAUGAUGUGCUUGCGGCUCUCGAUGUCCAUACCUCUAAGCAUAUUGUCGAACACUGCUUCAAAGGCGAUCUCGUCAAAGAUCGUACCAUCAUAUUGGUCACACAUAAUGUAGCCCUUGCAGCCCCAAUUGCCGACUUCGUUGUCACUCUCGGAACUAACGGUCGUAUCAAGACACAAGGAUCUGUUGCUGAAGCACUUCGCCAUGACUCAACCUUUGCGAAGGAAGUGGUUGCUGAAGCAGAGGUCCUCGAACAAGUUGUUGAUCCGGAACCCCUUCCAACCGAAAUCAAGAAAGACGACAGCAAAGAUGGCAAGCUUAUUCUUGAAGAGGAGCUUCAAAUUGGACGUGUGGAAUGGAACGCGGUUGCUCUGUAUCUCCGUGGCUUGGGAGGUUUCUGGUUCUACUUCACCUUCCUGGGUUUCCUGACCGUCGCACAAAUGAUCCAAGUCUAUCAAACAUACUAUAUUGGGUGGUGGGCUGCCUUAUACGAGACGAGCCCGCGCGGUUCCGUCUCUGUUAGCCAUCAUAUUGGUGUCUAUUCUGCUCAAGCUGUUCUUGAAGUAUGCACCCAUUCGGUUGCGGACGUCGUCUUCGCAUAUGCCUGCCUCCGAGCGUCUCGCACGAUUCACCUGGACCUGAUCAAGAGCAUCCUGGGCACCACUCUUAGAUGGCUCGAUGUUACGCCUGCGUCUCGUGUCAUUGCUAGGUUCACAGCCGAUAUCACUGCUGUUGAUGGCCCGAUUCUGAACGUAUUCGCCGGCUUUGUCUACGUAACGAUGUCCAUGAUCGUGUCCUUUGGUGCCGUUUGUUUGCUUACACCUCUCUUCAUCCUCCCUGGAGUGUUGGCGGCUGUUAUUGGCGGCGUUGUCGGCCAGUUGUUCAUCAAGGCUCAAUUAUCGGUCAAGCGCGAGAGUUCGAAUGCGAAAGCACCCGUGUUGGCGCAUUUUGGUGCAGCAAUUGCUGGUCUCACAUCCAUUCGCGCUUACGGCGCGCAAAAUCCUUUCAUCAACGAGUCCAUUGUUCGAAUCAACAAAUACACUCGUGCUGCAAGGACGCUCAACAAUCUGGACCGAUGGGUUGCUGUGAGACUUGCAGUGGUUGGCAAUGGCCUCGCUGCUCUGCUAGCCUUCUAUCUUGUCUACGUCCAGCAGACUCGAGCCAAUAAUGUCGGUUUCAGUUUGAACAUGGCGGCUGGAUUCUCCAUGAGGAUUCUCUUCUGGGUUCGUAUUUGGAACGAUGUCCAAAUUCAAGGCAACAGUUUGGAGCGUAUUCUGCAAUACAUCCACAUCGAGCAAGAGCCCAAGCCUUCCGAGGCUGGGAAGCCUGCUGCUGCUUGGCCAACUUCUGGCAACCUGGUGGUGGAAAAGCUUACCGCGUCAUAUUCGCCGGGCGGUCCCAAGGUGCUCAAGGACAUCUCUUUCAGGAUAAAUGCUGGCGAGCGUGUAGGAAUUGUGGGCAGAACCGGUUCUGGCAAAUCAUCUCUUACUCUGGCACUCUUGCGUGCUAUUUACACAGAAGGGACUUGUUAUUACGAUGGUGUCCCUACAUCUUCCCUCAACCUUGAUGUCCUCCGCUCAAAUAUCACAAUUAUUCCGCAAAUGCCUGAACUCCUGUCGGGCACGUUGAGGCACAAUCUCGACCCCUUUGAGCAGUACGACGAUGCAGACUUGAACAACGCCCUACGCGCAGCGGGCUUGUUCGCCUUGCAGGAGGAUAUGGAGGAAGGGAGGUUAACACUAGACAGCGUUAUCUCCAGCGGAGGCGGCAACCUCUCCGUUGGUCAACGCCAAAUCUUGGCGUUAGCUCGCGCGAUGGUCCGCGAAAGCAAGAUUCUCAUUCUUGACGAGGCGACUUCCGCAAUCGACUACCAGACCGACACCAUCAUCCAGGCGUCGCUGCGGAACGAACUCAAGCCCGGAGUUACGUGCAUCACGGUCGCGCAUCGACUGCAGACCAUCCUGGAUUCAGAUAAAAUCAUGGUUCUUGAUGAGGGCCGAAUUGUCGAAUUCGACGCUCCAAGAGAACUGUUGAAGAACCCGAGGGGCAAGUUAAGAGCGUUGGUGGACGAGUCAGGUGACAAGGAGGCUUUGUAUGCAAUGGCGGAGGGCCGCCAUCGUUCUUCGUCAUAG